AUGGAACGGGAGCUGGAACUGAUGAAGAAGCAGUUCCAGAAUGAAUACGGAGUCAACCAUGACGCUGUCACCUCCGACUUGGCGAUUGAGGACGACGCGCGUAACGCCGACAAGCCAGCGGCUCCCCCGCCCAGCAAGCAGGUGCAAACACCAACAGCCACUAGAGCCGCCCGGUUAGCUACUGGCGAAGACGAGGAACACCGGAUGGUGAGGAAGGUGAAGUGGAGGAGGAUACAACCGGCAAGAACGGUCGCCCUGAGCAAGACGACGUAUCGUGCGGAGAAGAUGAUUAAGAAGAAGAGGAGGACGAAGACGAUUAAGACGAAGCGGGAGAAGAGAAUAAUCCAGACGAAGAGGAAGACGUGGCGAAUGAGGAAGAGCAAGGGGUUUAGAGCUGAAACGCUCACGGGACAGCUCAGUAGGGCUGUUGCACCACCAGCAAUGAUCGUCAUUCCGGAGAGCCUGAUCCAUGGAUAG